CGUCGCUGCGGCAGCGGGCGGGGCGGAGGGGAGCGGGCAGGGGGCGGCGCCUGGAGCCGGCGGGGCCCGGAGUCACCGUGUCACGGCGCCCGGGAAGCCGCCGCUGCCGGAUCCGCCCCCCGCGAAGCGAAGGAGGGAGGGAGGAGGAGCGGGAGGAGGGGAGGGAGGCCGGCUCCUCGCCGUCUCUUGUAUAUUUGCCCCCUUUUGGCCCUCCCCCCGGACCCGCUCCCCUCGCACCGGAGCUCCGUGCGCGCGGCGGCGGCUGUGGUGGCGGCAGUGGUGGCGGCGGGGGGCCAGGCCGCAGCGGCGCCCAAGCAGCCCGCGGGAGCCCCGGAACGGGCCUGGGCCGCCGCCUCCGGACUAGGAUGUCCCGACAUGAAGGUGUCAGCUGCGAUGCAUGUUUAAAAGGAAAUUUUCGAGGUCGACGAUUCAAGUGCUUAAUUUGCUACGAUUACGAUCUGUGUGCAACUUGUUAUGAAAGUGGUGCAACAACAACGAGGCAUACAACUGACCACCCCAUGCAGUGCAUACUAACAAGAGUAGAUUUUGAUUUGUACUAUGGUGGAGAAGCUUUCUCUGUAGAGCAGCCACAGUCUUUUACUUGUCCUUAUUGUGGAAAAAUGGGUCAUACAGAAACAACUCUUCAAGAACAUGUUACUUCUGAGCAUGCGGAAACAUCAACAGAAGUGAUUUGUCCAAUAUGUGCAGCAUUACCUGGAGGGGAUCCUAAUCACGUCACAGAUGACUUUGCAGCUCAUCUUACACUGGAACACAGAGCUCCUAGAGAUUUAUAUGAUGAAUCCAGUGGUGUUCGGCAUGUACGUCGAAUGUUUCACCCAGGUCGGGGAUUGGGGGGCCCUCGUGCACGUAGAUCAAACAUGCACUUUACUAGCAGUUCCCCUGGAGGGCUUUCAUCUUCUCAGAGUUCGUAUUCUCCAAGCAAUAGAGAAGCCAUGGAUCCUAUAGCUGAGCUUUUAUCUCAGUUAUCAGGCGUGAGGCGUUCUGCAGGAGGACAGAUCAAUUCCUCUAGCCCUUCUGCUUCUCAGUUACAGCAGCUGCAGAUGCAACUGCAGUUGGAACGACAACAUGCACAAGCAGCGAGACAACAACUGGAGACUGCACGCAAUGCAACUAGACGCACCAACACGAUCAAUGUCAACACCACUAUUACACAAUCUGCAGCAACAACCAACACAUCUAACACGGAAAACAGUCAGCAGACUAUCCAGAAUUCCCAGUUUCUUCUUACAAGGUUGAACGAUCCCAAGAUGUCGGAAGCGGAGCGUCAGUCAAUGGAGAGCGAACGGGCGGACCGCAGCCUGUUUGUUCAAGAGCUUCUACUGUCCACUUUGAUGCAGGAAGAAAGUUCCUCCUCAGAUGAGGAUGAGAGGGGGGAGAUUGCCGAUUUUGGUGCUAUGGGCUGUGUAGAUAUUAUGCCUUUAGAUGUUGCUUUAGAAAACCUAAAUUUAAAAGAGAGUAAUAAAGGAAACGAGCCUCCUCCACCUCCUCUUUGAUGACAUCCCACUUUGCAGACAAUGUCCUCUGUGCUGUAUUUGCCAAUGAAAGUGGACAACAACUAUCUUGGGUUUGUUUUGGUGAUUGUAAUUUCAGGUCUGUCACUCUUGUUACGUUGUGUACAUUAAAAAGAAAGAGAGAAAAGAUAUAUAUGAUAAUCAUUUCCACUUAACUAAUUUUUACUUCUAGCAGGUAAAUGUAGGUUGCGGUGCAGAGCAAAAGGCUCAGUGUCCUGUACCUUGACAUGCAAAGGCUCUCCUAAUACUCCACAUUCAAACUGAAGAGGAAAAAAUGAAAAAUCUCUAAUGAAGCUGCUGUGUGUAUUUAUGAAUAUUAAUGAAUAAAAAAUGCUUGGAUGGUUUACCUUAA